AUAAUAAAAACGUGAGCCGUGGAGCUAAGACGUCAGAAGUCCGAGAGAUCGCAACACUUGAACAAUGCUACCCAACUGGUUAACCAAAGAGUAUCUGCAGCCCAAGUUGAGGGCCCACUGCAAGGACGAUCAGCUCAAGGUCCUCAAGAUCUGGUCCAAGGCUGCCACCGGAAAGGGUGAGAACUUCGUGGGUGUUAUGACCCGUAUCUAUGUGGACUUCCAGCUGGGCGAUGGCUCCGUUCAGCAAAGAACCUACAUUGUGAAGCAGGCUCUUCCCGAGGACGUUCCCCAGGCGGCGGUCUUCUUUGAGUACGAGCUCUACUCCCGCGAGAUGGACAUGUACGAGUUCGUCCUGCCCAAGAUGAAGGAGCUGCUGGAGGAAGCCGGUCUGGACGGAAAGCUAACCGCCGAUGCCAUCGCCGUGAACCGGGAGCACAGCACCAUGAUUCUGGAGGAUCUGGCGCCCUACAAGUUCGUCAAUGCGGACAGAGUGAAACAGUUGGAUUGGAACCACGCGAAGCUGACCUUGGAAAUGCUGGCCAAGUUCCAUGCCGCCUCCAUAAUCCUGAGACAACGCCAUCCGGAGCUGCUGACCAAGUGCUUCUUCACCCACUUCUUUUCCCGCGACAAAAAGGCUUAUUCAGAAGUUUUCACAGGAUUGUUCAGGGCCUUCUUGCGGUUCAUAAAUGGUCAACCGAACUUAAAGAAAACUUAUGGAGAAAAGCUGGAGAAGUUGCGCAGCCACAUUAUGGAGUAUGGAGCGAGGGCUUACGAUGUGGGGGAGAAGGACCUGCAGACCCUUAACCACGGCGACUGCUGGACCACCAACAUUAUGUUCCAGUACGAUGAUGCAGGCAGUCCGAAGUCGGUGGUGGCUAUAGACUUCCAGUUCAGUAACUGCACCUCUCCUGCGAUCGAUCUACACUACUUCUUCACUACUUCCCUGAAGGAGGAAGUUAGGGACAGGGAAUCGGAGCUCGUGGAGCAUCAUUACAAGUCGCUGAAGGCGAACCUGGAGAAGUUCUCCUUCAAGGGCCUAUUUCCCAGCCUUCAGGAGUACCAGCAUCAGUUUGAAAGUCGGCGAUUCAUGAGUCUGCUGGCGCAUCAAUUCAAACCUUGCAUGAUUUACAACGGCACUGAAGAAACCUCGGACUUCUCAAGUCUGUACAAGGAUACCGAAGAAGGACUUCGCUACCAAAAAUCUGUUUAUGAAAAUGAAGCGAUAAUCAGAAGUGCAACCAAAUUGCUGGCCAUUCUUGAUGCCAAGGGUCUCUUGGAUGUUAAGUAGGCUGAAAAUUUCUAAAAAUCAAUCAUAUCUGUGAUUUGGUAAAACGUUUGGUAGACACUAUAUUAUAUAUUUUAUGUUAUAUUCUCCUUUUUUAAAUAAAAU